AUGGCGUCUCCGGUUUGGCGACGGCGCGUGAGCCCGAAAGACGCCUCCUUUCACAUGGAUCUAGGUCCUUACGAGGCAGUGAGAUGUGAGGAGGAGAUAGUUGAAGGCAAGUUGAAAGAAUGGAAACUCCCCGAGAACCUCAUUUCUUCAAGCCUCUUCUUCCUGGUUGUCAAAGUGGCGUGGUAUUCUCAGUUCUUGAAGCCUAUUUUUCCUUAUUUUGCAAUACCACUUGACUUAUACUCAAAACACAUACAAGGGGCUGAGAUCAAUAAACCAUGGAAGCUAAGAUCGGACGCUUCGGAUCAAAUUUGGGAGGUGAUCCGAGAAGGCAGGACACUCACCAGAGGUUGGAAAGAGUUCACCGAAGCACAUGAUCUUCGCAUCGGUGACAUUAUCAUCUUCAAACACGAAGGAGACAUGGUCUUUCAUGUGACUCCUUUUGGUCCUAGCUGUUGUGAGAUUCAGUAUACACAUCCUCAAAUCGUUAAGGAAGAAGCCGACGCGGAUGAUGCUCCUACUUUCUCAUACGACUACUGCUUCUUGGCUGAGGUUACUGCUACAAAUCAAAAGGACGACAAAAUGUUUCUUCCUGUGGAAGCUAUGUGGUGUGGUGCUUUGAGCCAACAAUGCAAAGAGGUCAAACUUCAAAACAAGGAGGGAAAGUCAUGGACUGAAAGCUUCGGAUUUAGCGAAUCAGACGGCGCAUAUUACAUCAGCAGAGGGUGGAGAAAGUUCUGUCGUGAUAACAUAUGCACCAACGGAGCUUUGUUUGUGUUGAACGUGGUUGGAGAUGGGACGACAACUCCAUUACUGUGUGUAUGUCCGGAAAGGAAGGAGUGUACUGAACUACUGAUCAACCACUUCAGCAGAAUCGAUGGUAGCGUUGCUUCUACCUCACGAAAUUAG